CCCCACGGUCACUGCAGGGGAGAAGAGGUGCAUCCCUGAGCCUUGGCCUCCCGGGAAGACGGCACAAUCCCAACUCUGGAUUCUCGCUGGUGCCUGCGUCCCCGCCCCGGGAUGGGCUUUGCGGCCACAGGCCUGACCCUGCUCCAAGUGCAGGAGGGAGGCUAAGGCAGAGCUGUGAGGCGGGCUCCCUGGACGCAGCCCAUGGGCCAUCUGUCUGCCUGGCAGGGGCCCGCACGUGUCACCUCCAAGAAUGAGCGGUGAUGUCCUCUAGCCGCCCCUAGCAGCGUCUCUGUCCCGCCUGGCUGGACUUGGGGCUUUCUCUGCGCUAACGGACAUCUCUGGGCGGCCAUGGCCAUCCACAAACUCGUCGCCACCGCCGUGCUGGUGGCCCUCGUCUCCCUCAUCCUCAACAACGCGGCAGCCUUCACCCCCAACUGGGUGUACCAGACGCUGGAGGACGGGCGCAAGCGCAGCGUGGGGCUGUGGAAGUCCUGCUGGCUGGUGGACAGGGGCCGGGGAGGGCCGAGCCCUGGGGCCAGAGCCGGGCAGGUGGACACACGGGACUGUGAAGCCCUAGGCUGGGGCUCCGAGUCAGCAGGCUUCCAGGAGGCUCGUGGCACCGUCAAACUGCAGUUCGACAUGAUGCGAGCCUGCAACCUGGUGGCUACGGCGGCGCUGGCUGCAGGCCAGCUCACAUUCAUCCUGGGGCUGGCGGGCCUGCCCCUGAUGUCUCUGGAGUCCCAGUGCUGGGAGGAGGCCAUGGCUGCUGCUUUCCAACUGGCAAGUUUUGUCCUUGUCAUCGGACUGGUGACCUUCUACAGAAUUGGCCCGUACACCAACCUGGCCUGGUCUUGCUACCUGAACAUUGGUGCCUGCCUUCUGGCCACCCUGGCAGCUGCCAUGCUCAUCUGGAACAUUCUGCACCGGAGAGAGGACUGCAUGGCACCCCGGGUUAUCGUCAUCAGCCGCUCCCUCACGGCGCGCUUCCGGCGCGGGCUGGACAACGAUUACGUGGAGUCCCCAUGCUGAGGAUGGCACCUGCGCAGCGCCAGUGUGGGCCACUAGCUGAGCGAC